AUGUCGCGAAGACCCCCUCCCCAGGACCAUUCGGCCUCGGCUAACGAUGUGCCCACUGUCACUUCACCGGUGAAUUCUUCAUAUCCUACUGGCAUUCUGAGGCCUCCGCCGGCAAACCGUGCCAUCAGUGAACCAUUUGGCGGUUACGACGUCCCUGCUUCCUCCACUACCCCGAAUGCUCGGCCGUUAAGAUCUAUUUUGACCAAUCCGAUUCCUCCGCCUUCGGUUCCUCGUGUCAGAUUCUUGAUUCCUCAGUCAUCUACCGAAAUCCGGGAUCGUUUGGCUGGACGGGAAGGGUUGGUGGAUUCUCCUGGUUCCACCGCAUCCACCGCAUCUAGAGAUGGUGCAUAUUCGGAUUCCGACCCGGAGCAAGAAGAACAGACGAGACAGCCGAGGCGGCCGAGCUCCAGCGAACCCCGUGAUUUGAGUGAUAUCAUUGGAAGGAGUGUACGUGGAUUUGUGAAGAGAAACUUUGAUCGGAAUACUAGGACCCAGGAACAAGAACGAGAACGAGAACGGGAUCCGAACCGAGGCUCUAUUUCGAGAGGAGUGGACGAACAACCUUAUAGAACUGGGAAUAAUGGGUCUCCCGCACAAUCCGAUACAUCAGCUGUUAUCACAUCACCCGAACUGCGACGCGCUUCACUGGCUAAUACGACUGGAAGAAACUCUCCGCUACAAAGAUUUGGAGUAAGAUCGAUUAAUGAACUUCGAAAUGUUCCCUCGAGAGCUAGUACUCUUGAUUCUAUUACCCCGGAACCAAAACCUUCAAAACCUGAGGAUUUGACGAAAGCGCCACCACCACCACAACCUCAAUCACAAACAUCACAACCACAAUCGCGACCUCGUCCGGGAUCGCCGAUUAGACGUAAAAGUUCCGGUCAUGAUUCUUACCACGGACCUGGCCAAGCAGACACCUACUACUAUGGUACGCCGUUCGCUGAGCAGGAGCCUGGUGUCUACUAUGGCCCUCCACCGCCCAAGAUGCCAACCCCUCCUCCGCCUCCAGCUAUGGUUCCGCCAAAAUAUAAGCCUGGUGGCGGAUCGGCGGCUGAAUUCUAUAACCCCGAUAAUGUGGAUCCCGAUGCCGCUAUUCCCAUUCAGGAGGGUUCGCAAUACGAAUUGACCAUCACUACUGGCGCGGGUAAACCUGGACCUGGACCUCAACCACCACAACAAUCGUCUGGGUCUUUCUUUGGUGGACCGAUUACUGCAGAGCCGACCUCUUCGCUCCCUGGAGGGAUUCCCGAGACUCCGAUUAAUGCAUCCGCACCAACGUCGUUUUCAACCGCUCCAUCGAACCCUAGUUAUCCACCACAGACACAGGUACAACUUAGCUAUGCUCCUCCUACGAAACCAGGCGCUCCGUUAUCAAGCGUUAAUGCAACUGGUGGAGCCACUAUGACUACCGGAACGAUGUCCGUUAUUGACGCAGCGACGCUUGCCGAGAUGGCAUAUGAUCAAUCACUUGCAAACCAGCAGCGCCCUACAUCGACAACUACACCUUCAAAUCUGGCCAACCUUCCGCCAUUACCUCCAUCUACCGCUCCUACUUAUGCCAGUCCUUAUGCACCACCACCACAGGCUAUCAACACGAAUAUGCAGACGGUUGCCCCCCCUAGACCUUUAACCACCAUGUCCCCUGUUCCUAUUCAAUCACCAGUUUUGGUAGCUCCUAGACCGCAGCACUCUUCAAACAUGGUCCCUGCUAUUGCGGCCGCUGCCGUUGCUGGAGGUGUUAUCGGAGCAGCUGCUCAUGCAUCUCAUUCACAUUCCGCAUCUAUUUCUUCGCAAACAUCCUACUCACAAUCGUCUCAAUCUUAUAUUCCUGCACCACCAUCUCACCAACCUCCUCCACCACCUCCUUUGGCUAGUGUGACAUCUCCCACUACAGGAAAACCAAAACCCCCACCCAAACCGGCAAAGCCAUUGCUUCUUACAGGAUUUCUUGGUGGCAAAAGACCAUCGAUUUCGAGCCCGACUGUUUCUCAAACAGGGUCUUCGGUUGGAGGUAAGAUUCUUGCUACUGGAUUGGUUGGUGCUACUGCAGCUGUUGCAACUGCGUUCGCUGGCCAAUCUAGUGCUUCCGCAUCAUCUAAACCAAGCAACCUGCCCCCUCUUAUCACGAACACCGUCGUAAAGCCAUCAUCAUCAUCAUCAUCAUCAUCUCAUCAUGGUAAAACUGCUGUUAUUGUGGCUGGUACUGCUGCUCUCACCGUUGCCGCAGUUGCAUCUCACAAGAAGGAAAAGGAGAAGGAGAAGGAAAAACAGAAGAUUUCACAGAAGCCAUCCGUAACCAGCUCCUCUUCAGGCGACGUAACUAGAAUUCAUGGCUUGAAGGGCAAGGCAAAUUACAACAGACGAUCGAAUGAUAUCCGAGGAGUCAAGUUACCAUCGGCGAUGAAUACUUUCGACAGUGCCUCCAGCAGUGAUUUUCUGUUCGAUACCGACGACGAUUCUAGCUCGAGCUCGAGCUCUCAUGGUAAGAGAAGGAAACACAAGGGAAAUCACGACAAGAAGAAAGGUAAAAACCGUGCUGUCGAAGAUCUUUCUUCGAGCCAUUCAUCUAUGGACUUUGGAGGCGAUGACACAAUUGGGCGCUCAAGGGGAAAUGCUAAGAGUUAUGGAGCCCUCGGUGCUGCUACUACCGCUGCGAUGGCUAUCCCCGGAGUUGUUUCCGACCUCAACCAUUCUGAAGACGAAGGAUCAUCUCCACGAAACCGACCAGGUUCUCAUAUGCGCAAAAAGUCGACCGACUCUGAUUUGGCUUUUGGAAGAAGUGUUGGAUCGAAUGUCUCUGGUUAUACGUCUGAUUCGUCAAUGUAUUCGUCCAAGCAAAGCCCCGAAACCGGCACUGGAUUUCAGUUCUGGGCUGUCCGAAACCGAACUGGGCGACGUAAGGCACGAAGGGUCAGCAGCCGUGAUAGUAUCAACAGCGUUAAUAGCGCUUUGGGAUUCGGGGACAGCAGUGACGAAAGCAAGCCUGGUAGCAAAGGGUGGCUUCGAAAGCGAGAAUCCUUGGACUCUAAUCUGGCCUUUGGACUUAGCAGCGCUAGCACUAGUCGACGAAGCAGUCUUGCCGGAAUACGGGAUCAGUACACAAUUGAAGAAGAAGACGAUGAUGAAUAUGACAGAGAUCGUAGAAAGAAAGACCAAGAAUCUCCGACAAUGAUUAAGGCUGCGCUUGAAACUGCUGCUGCUUAUACCGCCGCUGAAGCUGCUCGACGUAAGAGCCAUGAUAGACGACCAAGCGAAGGAAUCAUUGUUGCACCUGGGCAUCGACUUAUUACGGAAGAGCAGCGUAUGGCAGAUUACGAACGUUUGGACAGAAUGAGACUUGAGGAACUGAAGAAGGAUAUCGCCCGACAGAAAGAAGCUGCCAGGCUCAGUGAACUUGAGAAUGAUCGAAAGGAGAAGGAGAAAUUCGAUCGAGAGCGAAUGGAGAGACGACGUAAAGAGGAAGAAUUCCGCAGGGAGAAGCAGUGGUUGAUCGAAGAAGAAGAGAGGAGAGGGAGUAUUCAGAGGCAGGUGACCCCACCACCACCGACCGACCCUCGUCGACCUUCUAUUCAGCAACUUCAGCCUCAAUCUUCUUCAGUACAGCGAGAAUCAAAAGAUGCAAUCAAACAGUCUUCAUCAUCAGCAGCACUUUCGGUCAAACAGGCUUCAUCGACUACUUCAAUUAAACAGACAACGUCUACUAGUUCGACGACAGCUUCGACUGUUGCGAAGGCAGCUACUGCAGCAGCUAUUGGCGCUGCGGCUGCAACUGUUAUAUUUCCCGGGAAGGGAAAGAAUAAGGAAAGCGACUCUAGCUCGACAAGUACCAGUGAAACCGACAGUAGUAUUAGUCCUCUGGUUGAUGAUACGACUUCAUGGAAAGGGAAGAAAACGGAAGGACGGGUCACUUUUCACGAUGAUAAGGAAGCGCAGAAGGAACUUGCCAAUAAAUCUUCCAAUGUUGGAAAGGUUGCUGGGGCUAUUGCUACUGCUGCUGUUGUCUCUGCGGUUGCUUCGACUGUUUUAGAAGAAAGAGAACGUGGGAAGGAGAAUGCUCCCAGCAGGAUCAAGAGUCCUGAAGUUCGACCUGAUUCUAGACGUAUGAGUACCAUUGAACAACAGCAACAGCCGCCACCAAGUCGGAUCAUGGGACCUGAAGGACGAGGAGAUCCAAGACGAUACAGUACUUUUGACCCACCGAGGAUUAAGAGUCCGGAAGGGCUUGCGGAUCCGAGGCGAUAUAGUGCUGUUGAGACUUCUAGAGAUCCUAGACGAACUGGCCCUGGUCCUGUUGGUCCUGAACCUCAGAGGGGAUUUGUACCCGUUCCUUCUGCUAUGGGAAGGGGUGGUCCUCCGCCGCCAGGAUGGGGUCGUGGACAACCUCCGCCACCUGGUGCUCCAAUGAAUAUGGGCAGAGGUGGACCUUUACCACCUGGUGCUCCUGUUAAUAUGGGACGAGGGGGACCUCCACCACCUGGGGCUCCUUUCAAUAAUGGUCGAGGGGGACCUCUACCACCUGGUGCUCCUGUUAAUAUGGGUCGGGGAGGACCUCCACCGCCUGGUGUUCCUGUUAAUAUGGGUCGAGGGGGGCCUCCACCACCUGGUGCUCCUAUGAAUAUUGGUCGAGGGGGACCUCCACCAACUGGUGCUCCUAUGAAUAUGGGACGGGGUGGGCCUUUGCCGCCUGGCGCUCCUACGAAUAUGGGACGGGGUGGACCUCCACCGCCUGGAAUGAUUCCUUCGAACAUUGGACGAGGGGGACCUUCACCACCUGGAGCUCCUGUCAAUAUGGGUAGAGGAGGGCCUCCGCCACCUGGAUAUAUUGGAAGAGGAGGACCUUUACCACCUGGUGCGCCUCCAAUCGUUGGACGUGGGGGACCUUCGCCUCCUGGUCCACCUUCAAAUAUUGGACGAGGCCAGCCACCUCCAAAUUAUCGCCCUGGACCUCCACCGCAAAUGGGACCACCACCAAGAGAUGGAAGGCCCGAACCUCCCAGAGACGCAGGACAAGAAUCAAGAGACGGAAGACCCGGACCUCCUCCACAGCAACUACCACCUCAACAACAGCGACCACAACAACCUAUGUUCGGAGUUGGUCGUGGACAACCACAGCAGCCUAUGGUCGGAGUUGGCCGUGGACAACCACCGCAAGGAUAUGGCCGGGGCCGUGGGGAACCUCCAUUGCCCGGUGUAUUCGCCUACAGUCAUGGACCACCAGUAGAAGGGCACGGACGUGGACGUGGUGAACCUCCACAACCUGGUAUGCCGUACGGCCGAGGACAACAAAUACCACCACAAGGAUGGGGCCGUGGAAGAGGUGAUAUGCCGCCACAACCUGGAACUCCCGGAUCUUAUCAACAACGACCGCCCCCUCCACCGACAAGCUCGAGCCCGGCUACUAGAGAUGCUGAAAUGGAACGUAGGAAAAGUCAGGGUACUACACUUGGUGAUGUUGUUACUGGCGGACUUAUUGGUGCUGGUGCUGCAACUGCUGUUGUUGCUAUGAUGAAUAGUAGUAAGUCUAACGACGAAGAGAAGGGGGGGAGAAGAUGGGAUGAUGAGGAGCGUGAACGUAGAUAUCGAGAGGAGGAUGAUGAUAUUCGACGAAGGAGAGAGGAUGAUGAUAGACGACGUAAGGAAGAGGAAAGGCGUAGACGGGACGAGGAAGAAGAAGAGGAGGAAGAGGAAAGGAGAGCCGCCGCUGCCGCCGCCGAAUUAGAACGACAAAGACAAGUUAAAGCCGAAGAGGAACGUCGAGCUGGACUCAGGAUCGAACAGGAACAACGACAGGUCCGAGAACGUGAGGAAGCCGAACGGAUUAGACUUGCGGAAGAAGCACGAUUUGCGGAACAAUCUAGACUAGCGGAAUUGGCAAGACAACAACGUAUACGCGAAGCUGAAGAAGCUAGACAAACAGAGUUGAUCCGACAGCGACGUGUUCGUGAAGUAGAAGAGGCUAGACUUGCAGAGGAAGCUAAGCUUGCAGAAGAAGCUCGACUAGCUGAACAGGCCAGACUUGCGGAACUAGCACGACAACAACGUAUCCGUGAAGCCGAGGAGGCUAGACAAGCAGAGUUCAUCCGACAGCGACGCAUUCGUGAGGCUGAAGAGGCUAGGCAAGCAGAGGAAGCCAGACUUGCGGAACAAGCUCGACUCGCAGAGUUGGCACAACAACAACGUAUCCGUGAAGCUGAAGAAGCCAGGCAAGCAGAGCUAAUCCGGCAGCAGCGUAUCCGUGAAGCCGAAGAAGCUAGACUUGCGGAAGAAGCUAGGGUCAGGGCAGAAGAACAACGACAACGACAAUUACGAGCUGAAGAAGAAGAAGAAGAAAGAGCUAGAAUUGCUGAGGAAGAAAGGAUUCGUGCUGAAGAGGAAGCUCGCAGACGUGCCCUGAUUGAGGCUGCCCGACAACGCGAGGCCGAGCGAUUGACAAGGAUCAAAGCUGAACGUGAGGCUCAAAUUCGUGCUGCGGAGGAAGCAGAGGCUAGAAGGAGGGAGGCUGAAGAGGCUGAAAUGAGAAGAAGAGAGGCUGAAGAAGCAGAGUGGAGGAAGCAAGAAGAAGAGAGGAAGAGGAGAGAAGUUGAGGCCGCUGCUGCCGCCGCCGCCGUUGCUGCCGCCGCCGCUCUAGCAAAAGAAAGAGAAGAUAGACGCCGACGUGAAGAAGAAGAAGCCGAAGCUGCUCGUUUGGCCGCUGAAGAACUAAAACGACAAGAGGAGGAAGAGGCAGAACAAGCGAGAUUAGCAGAGGAACAGCGUCUUGCUGAAAUCCGAGAACGACAAAGGCUUAGACAAGAACGUAGGCGCCGUGAACAGGAAGAGCAACAGCGACGGUAUGAAGAGGAACAAGCUCGUCUGGCUGAAGAAGCUGAAAGGCAAAGAUUCUACGAGGAGGAACAAGCACGUUUGGCGGAAGCUGAACAACAUCGACAAUAUCAAGCCGAACAAACCAGACUUGCUGCUGAAGCAGAGGCUAGGAGACAAUAUGAAAUCGAGCAGCAUAGGAUUUAUGAAGAGGAACAAGCUCAACUUGCCGCUGAAGCCGAAGCCGAAGCACGCCGCCAAUAUGAGAGGGAACAAACCCGCAUCGCUGCAGAAGCUGAAGCCCGCCGUCGGUAUGAGGAAGAGCAAGUUCGUCUCGCUGCAGAAGCUGAAGCGCAUCGACAAUACCAGGCUGAACAGGCUAGACUUUCUGCCGAAGCUGAAGCUCACCGUCAAUACGAAGAAGAACAAGCCCGAAUCGCUGCGGAAGCUGAAGCCCACCGUCUAUAUGAAGAGGAGCAAGAUCGUCUCGCUGCGGAAGCUGAAGCACGUCGACAAUAUCAAGCAGAACAGGCUCGUCUCGCCGCUGAAGCUGAAGCGCGCCGUCAAUAUGAGGAAGAACAAGAUCGACUUGCUGCUGAAGCCGAGGCACGAAGGCAGUACGAAACCGAACAGCGUCGACUUUAUGAAGCUGAACAACACCGACUUUAUCAGAUUGAGCAAGCUCGUCUUGCUGCUGAGGCUGAAGCACAUCGACAAUAUGAAGAGGAACAAACUCGUCUCGCUGCCGAAGCCGAUGCUCGACGUCAGUAUGAAGAAGAACAAGCGCGCCGUCAGUACGAAGAGGAGCAAGUUCGUCUCGCUGCUGAAGUUGAUGCCCGUCGUCAAUAUGAAGAGGACCAAGCUCGCCGUCAAUACGAGGAGGAACAGGCUCGCCGCCAAUAUGAGGAGGAACAAGCUCGCCGCCAAUAUGAGGAGGAACAAGCCCGUCGCCAGUAUGAGGAGGAGCAAGCUCACCUUGCCGCCCAAGUCGAAGAGCGCCGACAAUAUGACCUUGAGCAAACCCGUCUCGUUGAGGCUGAACAUCGUCGUAUCUACCAAGAAGAAGAAGCCCGUCGAACUGCUGAAGCUGAGGAGCAAGAACACCGACGUUAUCAAGAAGAUCAAGCCCGUCUUGAGCAACAACGAUAUGAUAAUGCUAUGCGAGAAGAGUCCGACCGCCAACGUCAAGCCCAUCAAAUUUACGAACAGCAAACCCGAGAUGCACAGGGAGCAGAGCGAAAAUCUGUUGACGAACGCCGCAUGAUCGAGGAAGCUCAAUCUAGACAACGAGACAUCGAUGAACAUGAGGCUAGUGUUACCACUGCUGCUGCUCUUGCUGCUGCGACCGCCGCCGCCGCCGCCUUGGCUGAAAAGGAGCGCCGCAAGCGAGAAUCUCGUGAAGCUGCUCGUCUCUUUGCUGAACAGGAAGCCGAACGCAUCCGCAAGAUCGAAGAAGAGGAACAAAGGCUCGAGGAAGAAGCUGAAGCCCAACGCCAAGAAGAGUACAAACGCAUGCAGGAACGUGAAGCCGCUCGCAUUUAUGCAAUUCAAGAAGCAGAACGUCUCCGUCAAAUUAGAGAAGAAGAAGAAAGGAUUGCCGCUGAAGAAGCUGAAGCACGUCACCAACAGGAGCUUAUUCGCCAACAAUAUGAAGCUCAACAGCGACAAAUGGAAGAAGAAGAGGAGCGUCAACGACUCUACCACAUUGAACUUGCUAAUCGCGCGGAAGAGCGUCGUCAAUUAGAACUGGCUAAGCGUCGUGUCGAGGAAGAGAAUCUUCGUCGUCUUGAAUUAGAACAGGAAGAGCAGCGAGAAAAGGAACGCCGUGAGAGGGAUGCUGAGGCUCGGGAAGAACGGGAGCGGGUUCGUCGUGCCGUGGCAGAAAAGCGUCGCCAACAACAAGAAUAUGAAGCGCACAAGGCCCGUGAACGUGAAAUCGAACGACAAAGACAAGAAGCUGAAGCCGAGCAACUCCGACGAGAGGAACUUGAACGGCAGAGACAGCUAGAAGAAGAAGAGGCAGUGGCACUUGCUGCUGCUGAAGCUGCUCGACUUGUGGAGGUUGAAAGACAACGUCAAGAAGAAGAGGAACGUCUGGCGGAAAUCGAACGACAACGGCAGAUUGAAAUUGAGUUACAGCGACAAGCUGAGAUCGAGGCUCAACAUCUUGCGGAGCUUGCGGCUGCCGAAGAGGAGCGCGCCAGGCAAGAAGAACUCGAACGACAACGACAACUUGAAAUCCAACGACAAAAUGAAGCCAGGCUCGAACAAGAACGCCUUGCUGCCGAAGCUGAACAGAUCCGCCAAGCUGAGAUUUUUCACCUACAACAAGAAGAGGAAUUUGCUCGAAAAGCCGAAGAAGAACGUCUUCAUCUACAGCGCAUUGCUGAGGAGGAGGCCGAGCAUGCCCGCCUCAGACAGCUUGCCCUACAACGUGCUUUGGAGCUUGAAGAGCAGGAACGUGUUCGACAAGAAGAAGAGCGACUCCGCCAUGAAGAGUUCUUGCGACAACAGGCACUUGAAGCUCAGCGAAUUGAAGAAGAGGAGCGGAGACGUAGAGAGGAGGAAGAAGAAGAACGGAGACGUAAAGAGGAGGAAGAAGAAUUCUUGCGACGACAAGCCGAAGAAGCCCGACAACGUGAAGAGGAAGAGAGACUUACCCGCGAACGCCAAGAAGAAGAGCAUAAGUCGAGGAAUAAGUUGUUGUUUGGAGCUAUCGCUGGCGGUGCAGCCGCUUUCGCAGCUGAUAAGGUUAGGCGUCGCAUCGAGCGCGAAGAGCAGGAAGCUGCCGCCGCACGCCAGAGGGAGAUCCAAGAACAACAACGUCGGGAACGUGAAGAGCAAGAACGGAUUGCCGCUGAAGCCCGCCAAAGGGAAAUCGAAGAACAAGAACAGCGCAAUCGUGAGGAACGGGAAAGAUUUGCUCGGGAGGAAGCUGAAAGAGAGGAGCAGGCUGAAGAAGAGCGCCGCCGAAAUCGCCAAAUUCGUAAGAAGAAUAGAGCUCUUGGAAGACAGAUGUAUCAAGCUCGGGAUGAACAAGAAAAUACUUUUGCUGCUAUCAUCACUUCCCCAGAGGACGACCGUCGUGCGCAGUUUUCUAAUUUCAUGCAGAAUACAGCACUGGCGAGACAGCGCAUUGAAGCCGAACAGGAACGCCAACGAGCAGACGAAGAAGCAAGACUUAGAGCAAAAGAAGAAGAAGAAACCAGGUUAGCGGAAGAAGCUAGACUCAAAAUGGAAGAGGAAGCCAGAGGAAAACAAGUUGAUCGUGAAGCAGAAGGUUUAGCAGCAACGGCUGUCACUUCUGUCGAGCGAGAUGCGGAGUCUUCGUCUACUUCAGAUGACGAAUCAGACAGCGCCCCAGCUGAUGGCGAGGGAAUGUUUGCUUUCUUGCGUCGGAAGGGUGGUCUGGGUGCUGCCACGUCAGUAUUAGUCCCGGCUGCUAUAAUUGGUCAAGACUUGGCAGAGACUUUCAAACAGCGUCCCCCGUCGCCCGAGUUCCAAGCUGCAGAUAAGCCUAGUGUCCCAAGCUCUCCAACAAGCUACCAUAUGCCUGGUGGGUUUAUCGAUGGCGAAAGCUCUGACCGGGAAUUGCCUGUCGAGGAAGAAGAUAUGGCUGCAGCACCUCCUACAUCUGCAGUGGAAUCUGCCGCCGAGCCUGCUCUGCAUGAACCCAUGUCCGUGGAAGAGGAAUAUAAAGAUAUUAACGCUGAGGUACUUGCUGAAAUUGGAACUGAUUCUUCUGAGGCAACGCCAAUUGAAAAACCUCACGUUGAAGUCGAAGUACCUCUUGAGACCCCGGUUAUUGGUAUCGUGGAUAGGUCGCUGCCUGCCGAAGAGCCCGUGUCAAGAUUUGUCAUGCAGACCGAACCCGGAUUCCUGCAGAAAGACUUGGACAUCUCUUCGCUCAUCGAAGCCGCAUUAGCCACACCUAUAGCAGACGCUGAUUCUGUAGUCCCAGUCCCUGAAAUUGAGGUGCCGCAGCUCCCACAACCCGUCGCCGAGUCGGUUUCUGAAGCCCCACUUCUUGCCGCUGAGUCUGUUCCUGCAUCUCCGUUUAUUGAAGCAGAAGCUCGUGAAGGUUUGCCUCAACUUAGCACUGAAGAGUUCCCAGAGGUACCUGUUUCUGAAGCUGAGCGGGAGCUUAACCAUAUAGAGCCAUUCGCGCAACCGAUUGAACAAGAGGUUGAGGUUGUCCGAACACCCCACUCUGCCGCACAACUUCUUGGACUUGCCGCUGCCGCUGCCGCUACACACGCAAUCAUUGAAGACACCAAAGAAACAGAAUCACCAGUGCCACCAGUGGAUAUCCAAGUGUCUCGCGCAUCUACGCCUUCUUCCUCUGAAAGACAUAUUGAGGAGGAGCGGGAUGAACACGUGCUUGGCAAUCUAGGUUCUGCACCAGCGUCCGCACCAGCAUCUGCGCCGGCCAGCCCAUUAUUAACUUCUUCUGCGCCUCAUUCAGCCCCGUCGUCUCCUGAGUCUACUCCUGCUGAUAUCACUGAUUCUCCUGAGAUCGAAGAUUGGGCCCCGCGUCGUCGUGAUAGGCGUCGCAGGAGUGUUGACAGAACCGAUUUUAACCCACCUGCACUCCCGCCUAGUUUCUCUCGCAUUGAUACUGCAGAUUUCGCAGCAAUACAUGGAAUUGAAAUCGAACCUGCUAUUUCAUCAGAGCCAAGUCACCCUCAUCUGACACCUGGUGGGCUUCCAAUUCCCAAGCUGAUGCUCACAUCACCAACAGCUUCAUAUGCCGGUUCGUCGAGAGCACACAGUGAACAAGGCGAUACGUUUGAACAUGAAGAAGAGGAAGAGCAUCAACACAAUCAGGACGACGUACCCGAUGUAUUCGAAGACCAUCACGAAUAUCCUGCAGAUUUAGAGCGUGCUAUUGAGGCUGCACCUGUUGUAACUGGCGAUGAGCAUAUUGAACACUUCCCCGAACGGUACGACCUGCAACUACAAGAGUUUUCGGAGAAAUUUGGAUCGCCACAGGAAUCGGAACAUAUCAGUCCUGCUGGUGGGUCUCCCGAUGAUCUAAAACUGUUGAAUAAAAGCCCUCUGUAUAGAAUGUCUGGAUGGAUUGAUGCAUUACCUGUUCUGGCGGAGGAAAUCGAGGAGGAUGAAGUUCAUCAUGAAAGAGAAGGAAAAAACAAGGACAUGGCAGACGAUGAUGUUAUUGUACAAGAUUCAGCUAGCGCAUCUCGUGAGUUGGAGCCAUUGUCACCUGUUGGUCUUGGAAUUGAUCACACUGGUGCUAUCACCACGUCUGAAGUUGAAGGAAGAGAGCUACAAGAUCCUAUUGUUACUGGCGAUAUGGAUGAGGAUGUCGAAGAGGAGAUUGUGCUUGCCAAUGAACCAUCUUAUAUCCCCUCCACCGGAGACAUCCCUCGAUACCCUGUCGGCGACAUUGACAACCUUGAUAGCCCGGUGCCAUCUGGACUCCCGCCUGUUUCGGAGGACGACUACCUAGACACCUAUCAGUCUAGGGUGAAGGACUUGACAAAUAGCUUCCCUGAAAACUCCCACGACGACAAUGGUCUGCCCGUUGUAGAUGUGAACAAUACUCCUGAGAUCGACAAUAGUAUCGAGAGCCGACGUCCACACGGGUAUGUUCGGUCAAUAGCAUCCGACGAAGGAGGGGAGGAUCGAGGAUUAGAAGUUGUUGAAUCCGAAACUCGAAAAUUGGAAGAUACAGCGUCAGUUAUACCGGCUGAAGUUACAUUACCGGCUGAUUCUGGUAUCGUCCCUAUUGCGGAGCCGCAAACGAGAGUUUUGGAAGACGUAUUGGUUGAUGCCGAGUCUGCCGAAGCCCCAGAGAUUUCUCUGCCAAUUGAGGCUUCCGUUGCCAGGCCCUUCACACCUACAGAUGUUGGAAGCGAUCAUGAAGAACAGGUUCCAUUGCCAAUUAGCUCCCCUGCUUCGCCUGCUCCCACUUUGCCUAUUUCUGAUCAAAUCACCACUAUGCCAAUUACUGCUGAGGAGGUCAGAGAGGAAUCACCGGAAUUAUUGGCUAGGACGUUGCCUAUAGAUCAGGUUGCAACUGUGUCCCCUAUCCUUGCUGAAACUGUCACAGAGGAAGCCAAACCUUUGGAAGAGUCUGACAUGUCGCCACCAACCCACCUACCACUGGUUUCUGGAAAAGAAGCUUCACCAGAGGACUUCGCUGUCGAGGAACUACAACAGCCAAACGAACUUCCAAAAAAGCUGGUCGAGUCGCCACCACAACAGUCUUCACGGUUUUUCGGAAUCGGGUCAGGCUGGGGCCUACGAAGGUUUACACCACCAUCACUUUUUGGAGGUUCUCGACAACAACCCAAACCUGUUUUAGAUACCGCUGAAGCGAUCCGUCAAGACGCUGCAUCUAUAGCCGUAUCUGAUUCCAUCGACGUGGGAAGCGUGACUAGCCGAGGUUCCUUAUCGCCAACGAGUCGUUCAUUUAGGGAAGCACCAAUCGCAGCAAAUGUUCCAGCACCUCCAUCUAUUUUGGAAUCAAUUGAUGAGUCGGAGCACCUCAAAACUCCAACCAUGGCACCAAGAAAUGUCGCUGAAGUGGUUGAGCCCUCGCCUCUUUCCCCUGUGGUUGAGCCUGAAACACCUCAAUUUGAAGAGGCUAGACCAACAUGGGAUGAAGCUGCUGUAGAACAACUCCCUGGAUCACCUUCUCUCCGUUCGACAAUAAGGACACCACCUCAAAACUAUGGCGGUGCUAGUGUUACUGGAUUACCUGAGUCUCCAACCCAAUCGCGAACUCCUGCCGCAAGUAUGCGUGUGACCUUAGUCCCUGGACCAGAUGGCAAACUCAAACUUGAUAUUAGACGACAAGAACCGAGCAUUGCGCAACCUGUUCAACCAUCCGUGCAGGAGGAGCAAGCAAUUGGCCAAUACUAUUCGGCAUACCCGCAAGUUCCAGCUGAAAAUUAUAAUUUGCCUGCAUCCCCACCUCCGCCAUCCAUAGCGUCUAUUUCUGAGGCCACCCAUGGAUAUUAUCCACCAGUACCACCUAGUGUUAUGGAAAGUAUUCAUCCAGUGGAAGAAUUUGUAGCCCCGUCUUAUCUCCCUCGCCGGUCCACGAAGAGGUCCAUAGCUUCCGAGGCACUCACAUCCAUUUCUCAGUCACAAUCUACCCAACCAUUGCCAUAUGAGCAACAAGACGUGAGCCAACUUCCAGUAUCUCAAUAUGAAAGGCCGGUUUCGUCGGGGUAUAUCCCUGCUCAGCCACAGAUACUCGAGACUUACCCAGAGACCUACAACCUCCCCGCAUCACCACCGCCGCCGUCCCUACCAUCUGUUUCUGAGGCUCUUAACUAUCCCUCAGUGCCACAAAGUGUCGUGGAUUCACAUAUCUCUCUUGCUCCAUCUUACCCCCCGGUACUGUUAUCAAGGGGACCUCCUUCUUUUGAUACAUACGACCUUGCUUCGAAAUAUCCAUCACUCUAUGCACCACUUUCUACAGGCACUUCAGUUCCCGAGCCUCCAAGAUAUGACUUACCGGACUCCCAGCCAGCAUCUCUGGCCUCCGAGGCUGCUAGUUUUCCAUCUUUGCCACACACAGCUCAACAUUCGUCUCUACCAUCACAACAAAUGUCCCAACAACCUUCAUACAUGCCCUCACGUGCUUCUAGAAGCUCAAAGCCGCAGUAUCUUAGAGAUAUUCCCGAGACCGCUUCCGAGCAUCACCAAUCACUGCCUCAGUCAGCUUCUCAUCAAUCACAAAGUAUUCCUGUUACUCCAUAUUACGGCGUAGAUCCAUACACUACUGGCCUGCCAAGUUCCCCCGAGUACCUUCAACGAAGGUUGCCAUUGAGGAAAGAAACACCCUUGGGUGGGCGCAUUGAGCUCCCUGGAUCCCCAGAUCCCGAAGUGCUAAGAGGGUCUCCGGAGCUUAGAAGAGGAUCUAUUGGAUAUGCUCAUGACAUUCAACUCCCACCGUCUCGAAUUGGCGAACGGGCUUCUACAGCUUUCGAACCAGAUAGGCUCCAGUUGGCUCCAAUCGCAGUGUACCCUGCGGCCGCGGCUGAGCAAGUUUUAUCGACAUCUCCGACAUCUCCAAUCAAAAAGCCAAGAACACCAUUCGAGGAGUUCGGUGCAAGAUCUCGACAGUCACGGGCUCAAACGCCGCCAAUACAUCCCAAGUCCCCGUUCCAGGAUUUGUUGAAAUCACCGAGACGUGCUGCUGAGCCUACAUCUGAGUCUGGAUCGUCAACCCUCCCAAUUGUUGGUGAAAUUGAAGCAUUGAGCGACCUUUUACCUAUCGAUAAUGGCGAACUUGCUACUCCUACUGAAUCUCAAUUGGAAGCGUACCCACUUGCCGAGAAACCGUCCCAGCCGGAGGCUUACUCUAUAGAAAGGUCAAUUGAAGCAUCCGAGGCUACUGACACGGAGGCUUUCGAAACUCCAAGGCCUGGAAUGUCGCCGGUUUUAGAGAGCGACGAGGACGAGCCCUUCAACCCACGUGCGGUGCUACUUCAACUUGCCGAGCCACCGCAGGAAUCUACAACGCCAGCCCAAUCUCCGCCUCAGUCUCCAUCAAGUAUCCCAGUAUCUUCGGAUGGUAUAAGAUCAAUUACUGAAGAGAAGAGUGUACAACUGGAACCAGCGCCCACUGAGUCUGAAAUUACCCUAGAAACUCCCCAAGCUGUUAGCGAACCCAACGAAAAGGGAUCUGUUACUGAGGAAGUUACUAUACCAGUACCGGUGGACCAGGAAAAAUCGGAGACAGAGUCGCCCAAGCCUGCUGAACCCAAUACUAUAGCUGACGCGCAAGCCCGGGGUGGUAAAUGGUGGAGAUGGCCAUCUUGGUCGGCGCCACCAGCACAAACCACACCAACACUACCCCCACCUACGGAACCAGUUGUACAGACGAUUUCCAAGGAAGCGAAACCUGCAGUCGAGGCCCCAGCUUUAAUCGAGUCUGAGAAAUCCCUAGAUGCUGAUCUUCCAGUUAAAGAGGCAUCGGUAGUCGAAACAAACCUGAUUCCUGAUGUUCCAGUCACAAGAGAAUUGAACGAAAAACAGGUAUCCCCUGUGAGUGGCAUGAUGUCUCCUGCUAUGACUUCACUUCCCUUUGAAUCCCUUCCGCAUCGCCCAAAGAGUCGUUCCCACAUCCCUAGCGAACUCCCUUUAGUCAAGGCGGCAAGCCCCUUCGUUCCCCGCAGCGAACGAGUUCAAGUUGAAUCACCAAUUACCCCACGGCCUAAUCGCCCACGAUAUUCGUCAAUUGCGUCGGUUGCCCCAUCCGAGGUAGAGGAACCCGAAGAGUCAAAUCAACCCUCACCUCAAGUCAUCCGCCGGGCCCGAUCACCGUCUAACGCUUCCGCAUCCAUUUACGGCGACGAUGAGGCCUUACAACCACCGCCUAGUCCAGCUCUUUCGGCAAGAUCCACUCGAAGCUCUCGCCACAUGGAACGUGGUCGGCGUGUAUCUGAAUUGCAGUAUGCGGGAGACAUUUCUAGAGAAGGCUCUUUGCGCGAGCGACGUCAUUCCCGGCAUUCGGUUCUUACCGAUGAUGGUGAUUCGCUUCCUUCCGGGGCCCCACGUGAAGCUCGAUCGAGGUAUUCAGUUACUAGCGACCAUGGUGCACCCGAUGUCGUAAGAUAUGCGUCCUCGGAUACCACACACACACCAGCUGGGUCUGCGAGGGAGAAGCCUCGAUCUCGUAAGCCAAUUUUGCUCGAUGACGAGUCAUUUAUAUCCCCGCGCACUGAAAGAGACAAAGCGAGACGCCCAUCAAGCUCUAGACAUUCACACCGGGAAUUGCCAGAUGAAAAAGAAGAUAUUUCUUUGCUUUCGCCUGAAAUUGAACGCGGUGGGAAACAUAAAGAACACAAGGAACGUCGCCAUCGUUCCCGUAGCCGAGACAGUCGGGUCCAAGAUGUCGAAGGGUUCGAUGAUGCCAUGUCCGUCGCAUCCGCCAAAACCGACCGUAGCUCUCGCCACCGCCACAGAGAACAUAAGCACCGCGAAGACAAGGAGCAGAAGGAACAUAAGGAGCAUAAAGAUCAUAAGGAACAUCGGGAACAUCGGGAACACCGUCAUAGCCGUGAUGAAGAUGAUACCGCAUCACUUUACUCAAAUAAAAGCUCAAGACAUCGACAUCGAGACAGUGAUGCAGGCUCUAUCCAAGAACAUCGUCUUUCGCUAGGCGACAUUCCUGAUGACCAACAGUCUAAUAUUUCAUCAAGUAGUCGAAGAAGCUCCCAUCACCACCGCAGACAUCAUUCGCGUUCUAGUAGGCACGAGGAUGAUCGUGCUGAAACACGGACUCCAGCGAUUGAAGAUGAAGCGGCAGCUGUCUCGCCAACACGGGAUAGUAGCUCUCAUCGUCACCGCCGUAGUUCGAGUAGGGAACAUCGUCAUAGGCGCACUUCAACAGUAGCUGAGGAUGAACCCGACACUUCUUCCCAUCGGGAAAGAAGAUCGUCACACCACCGCUCACGGUCCUCAGUGUCGGCUCGAGAUGUAGAGGAAAUUGAACCACUUGAAAAGAAAUCUCGACAUUCGCGAACUCCUAGCCAUGAUAUCGACUACGGUCCUUCUCGUCUGACACCUUUGGGUAUCGCAACAUCUUCCCAGGCACCAGGUCAGAGAAGGGUUGGGUCCACACACGCCUAUAAUCCAGACAUGCUGUCGACUGCCUCUCGAGAAUCCCGCCGCCGCCGCCCCAGUAUCUCGUCAAUCUUCGAGCGUCCAGAAGAAGAAAGGGUGAUAACGCCGGCUCCCUCGAGAUCUCGGCCGCCCAGUGCUCUUUCGGAUCGUGCCAGAGCGCCCGAAGACUCUUCUGCAUAUACGGUAGAAAAGCCGCAGGUAUUUGAAGUUCCUCCCCUCAACAUGUCGGCACAAUCAUUGAGAGGUGGCGUACAGCUUGCUUCUCCUCCUACCCCUACUGCCCAGAAAGAAGAUCAAGAACAAAACCAAAAAAAGGACAACCCCACGGUGCGCUCAAGUUCCAGAAAAUCUGUUCCUAACGCUCGCAACGUGCAACAAUUAGAAGAAGAAGGUUCGCGACCUGUAGACCCAUUCCUUUUUCUCGAGUCUCCUAGUCCAUCUUCUGUUCCGCCUCCCCUCCCUUCAAGCUUACCUAUUCAAGAUGAGCCUUUUUUGCAAAGGCCUUCCCAUAGCCCUGCCCGCAUGAUAUUAGAUGUUCGGCCGAGACGAAAACGAGAUAUACACAAUUUUUUACGAACCUUCAAUGCAUCUGAAGAAAAUUUGUCACCUUACGAUCUUCCCCAAAUUCCCCACGACGAUGACGACGAGCGCAAUUUGUCUUUUGUUACUUCAAAUUUUGAUUUCGUACCUACAUACCCACGCCAUACCGCUCUUUACAAUUUACCACCCAUCCCAAGUAGUAAGGGUUCUAUUAUUUCUCAAAGGGUUUCUACUUCAUCGCCACCACAUCCAAGAGCAGCCUUUGUCGGUGAAUCUGAGCAGAUAAGCAACCAAACGCUGCCUGCCGAACUACACAAUAUUCGACUUCCAAGGAGUACCGUUGCUUCUCCACUCCCAGAAACCUUUUUUGAACAACCGCAUUCUUUCACUACGCCAAUUCUCCCCGCUGAGGAUAGACAUUCACCUAUUUUUAUACCAACACUCUCAAGUACUCCGAAUUUUGAUACGGAAGAAACCCUACGAACAAUACGUGAAACAGAACGCUUAGCCAACCUUCCAUACAAUCAAGUCCCACUUCCCGAUGACCGUGUAUCUCUUCCUGAAAGCCUCCCUAUAUUCUUGAGCAGGGGUUGCUAUUCUGAGGAUUUGCCAACGAGCCAUUCAUCUGUGAAAUCACGACCGCUAGAGGAAAUUGAGGCAGUAACGGUUGGUAUUCCGCUUGAACCAGCCUACGAUAGUGUCGUCCUACCAGCCUCAUGCGCACCGUCUGUUCAGACUGUUGCUCUGUAUGAUGAUGACCCAGCUUUCCCUUAUUUGCCAAUCAGUCGACUUGCGACACCAGGACCUGUCUUGCCGUUUUCAGUGGAGCCGUCUGAGGCCACAAGCGCGCCAAUUCAGGCUUCGGGGCUGGGUAUGGAUCACGCUUCUCGAGCAACUACUGGUAGUGACACUCGAUCUCAGGUACAACAGACCGAAGCCCAAAUUCUUUCUCCCGAAGGUCUGUUGCCUAACGCAAUUGCUUUACCCUCCGGACCUUCAUCUGUUACUACGGAUCGUUUUUUAAUCUCCGAUACACGACGGCCAAACUCCUUCAUGAACCUCAAUACAAAUUUCUCGGAAACUGCUUCACAUUCAAAUUCUGCUCUGUAUAGGGGUAUCAUAGAACCAGCCUCAAUCAUAGUUGAUACAGAAGACGAGCUACCAGCUUUGCAGAGCACUAAGAGUACUUUCUUUCCUCUCGAUAGCGAGGUUCGGUUUCUAGGAACGAAACACUUCGCCGUAACACAUAGUCUUCCGGAAAGCAGACCUGUAACGCCAACAAACCCUGCUGAUGUCGCGGAAGAGCUACUCGAGCGGAAAAAAUCCAUUGAGCAUGACUUUGCGUCAUUUCAACUUCCUCAAAGUCGGCCCCAGACUCCCGAGGUCGUUAGCCUACCCUUUUCAAUCUAUGAGCAGCCGUAUUGUCUGCCAAUCAGCCGUCCGGUAACGCCACCUCUAUGCCAUGAGAUAUCAAAACUAGCCGCGCAAUCAAGUUUCUCCGAAAGUGCGGCCCCGGAAAGGCGAACGCAGAUGCCCACGUCAACAAUUGCAAACGCUACAGAGGCACAUGGGUUGGCUCAACGGGAUGCCGAAGAGGUGCCGUUUGUGUUUCCCGUGCUCCCACGGAGCUUCGCUUCGAGCCCGAGGCUCUCAGUCCAAUCAUGCGAAGGUAACAUAUUAGAGCAGCAUGCAGAUGCACGUACAUCUCUAUAUUCUCCUCUUCUUCUCCCAGAGUACCGGCUGCCACCAGAAUCGCUGGGGAUACCAGAUAUCCUGCGAGAUUCUGCGAUUUACGAUCUCCCCGACAGUCUACCCUCCUCUUCGGAAUCCAUUGACAUCAAAUAUGGCUCAAAUAUGAAUCAAUGGUUUAGCUUCCCAGAGUCCGAUAGCUAUUCAACUUACCAGGAUGCGGCCCAUAUUCCCGAAGGUAUCAGCGCGUCCCCAGAAACCAGUUUUGGCCGUUUUUUGUGUCAAAAUUCUGGAGCGCCGGUCGACAAUGAGCCUGCCCUAAGUCUACCUCUUAGUAGGCGAUCUUCAUUUGCGCUUCCUGUCGGAACCGAACCUUUGCCUAUACUACCGUACAGCCGUCCUUCGUCAACCAUUUCAGUCUCUACGGCUAGUCGAAGUGACGCUCGCCCUGAGGUCGAAGUACCAAUAUUCCUAACGGAGAGAGAAAUCAACACCCAGCUCCCAGAUCCCGGUCCCCUAAAACCCAAGAGUCGCGAAAUUUUUGAGACCACCAGGUUUCCUGCAAAUGACGUGGCAGUUCUAUAUGCCGCAUCUGCAGGACUUGAGUCUGCAGGUUUACCCGGUAGCGCCCGUGCCCUGUCCCUGGAAGCCGAACCAAUAACUCGUGAGACCCAAUCACCAGUCGUCUUGGCGGAAGGCAUAGUCCUGCCCCACUCCCCAGCAGGGACUUCUCAUCUACAUUUCGCUCCGGGGAAUAUCGACAUUUCUUUUUAUUCUCUUCCAUCCCGAAACUUCGCAGAGUCUCAAUCGGAAUUCAACGCUCUAUCCAAUGCUGGGGCUCUUAAAACACCAUCUACCGUCGCGGACCAGUUCGCCUUACCAGCUGACGCCACUGAUUCCGUCAUUUCACUCGAGCCAAUAGGACAACCAGUCACGUUUUGCCCUGCCCUUCCAUCGAGCGAGUUCUCUGUACCCUCUGCUGAAGAUUGUGCAUACCCAGGGUCUGUAAAGCCGACAUCUGAAGCUUUUCUCAAUCAAUUGCCCGAUUCAACACCAUCCUCACCUAAGUUGGACUUGGGGUUAAACGUCAUUCCGCCUGAAACUUCUCACGGUUCCUCUACAUACAGCGCCUGGGAUGUCAAUUCUGAACUGGAGCGACCAAUAUCGCGGGGAUAUUCCAUUGGUACUCCUGCCAUUGCCGACUUACCAAAUCUUCCACCGUCGGUUGCAUCUUCGGUUGGACUUGGUGGAGUUGAAUUACCAAUCCAAUCGUGCCCUUCGCUCCCCGAAACCUUGAGAUAUGAUGCACUUCGAACGCCUACGGAAGAACCCGUCGAAAUAGUAGCGCCCGAACUCGGCCCGGAAUCCGUACCACUACCUCUCUCCGACAUGGAAUCUGAUUUAUCGCUUUCCGAGAUACGCCCUAAAGCCGCUGGGCUCCAUGCUCUUCCAUAUUCAAGGCCUCUCACACCGAUAUCUUUCGAAGGCGUGGAAGGUGCCGCCCUUCAGUUCCUAGGAUCGCCACAGUAUAUGCUAGAACUUCCAAUUUCACCAAGAUCUAUUCUUCCGCCAGCGCAUAGUGCUUCCCGGACGCCUUACUAUGAUACGCUCCCACCGAGUCAUCAGACAAGCCCUCUGCUUCUGCCCGUGAGUUUAGAGCCAUUGGCCCGUAACUUAUCCCAAGUGGAGACUCAAGAGCCUGUUGGUGGGCAUCAAUCAUCGGAAGUACUCAUCGAUACUUUGCCAAGCCUGCCAUUAUCCCCAUCUCUCCAAACCUUGAAAUCCUACGUGCCAGUCGAUCAACCCGAUAUUGCGUUGCCAAUUAGCCAGUCUGUUUCCCGCGCUGUUUCGUUAAUUGUUCUUAAUGGCGUUCCUACUACGAAGGCUGAUAGAGCUACGGAACCCAAGCCCAUUGAAUUGUCCAGUCUCCCAAACUCUCCGGCAUCCUACUUUAUCCCGGCUGAAGGUAUUACGCUAGGUCCGGGAGGCGGCUAUGGGUUUUAUCAUGAGCUUCCUACGAGUCGUGAAACCAGCCCUAUGGUUGCACCCAUUGCGGUUGUGGCACCUCUGCUACGCCAGAAAGCAAUUUCCGUCUUGGAGCUUGAACGAGAAGCAACUUUCGAAGAGGGUCAAACAGUACAAGCUGAGGUUUACCCAAUACUUCCAACAAGCCCUCUUACAAUUUUUGAGGCCGCUUGGGACAAAUCUGGUGCUGUAAAUGUUCCUCAAUUACCUCUCAGCCGUCCAGUUUCACCUUGCACACGAGGAGAACCAUCGCACGGGCUCCCGCGCGGCGUAUCUGAGGCGGCUGGACGUUCGGUUGACCACGAUGAACAAUCUCAACCUGCUUCGGGGCUUAGGGAAGGUGGCUGUCGCGAUAUGGAUAUCGAAAAUCCCGAUUUCGCAGCCGCCCUUACGUUACCAAACAGUCCGAUUUCGUCUAUUAUCGCAGAUAUCCGUGGCUUUGAUGUUAUCCCUCAUGCAGCUGGUUUGCCCGCUUCCCUCAUUAGAGAACCGAUGUUGCACAAAGCACCCUUGGUUCUUAAGAAUUGUGCAGAGAAUGCAUUUCAAAAAAAUCUCCCAGCGUCGGAGCCAGUCUCACCUCGGCUGCCAUAUCCUCAUAACGAUUUACAGCAUGACCUCCCGCCAAGCCGGCCUCCAACUUUGGUGGAAGUUCCUCGCGGUGUGGAUGAUGUUGUUGAAUCCGAUGACUUACGGAGUACUCCUCGCUAUAAUUUCGAGUAUCUUGGCGCUAACCGCAUUGGGGAAGCCAUCGCGCUUCCUGAAAGUCUUCCUCCCCUAUCCGCAAUUUUUGAAGAUAACCGUAACAAUUUGCCUCGAAACAUUCCGAGCAGCCGUCCAGAGUCCGUCUACGAAGCGAGCUCGCGUAUCGACAACUUCCAGCCAUUCGACUUGCCUCGUGAUGUCAAACUCCCGCACAGUAUCGCGUCGAGUCCGGCAUCCUCGGUUGUGUUCACAACUCAUUUUGGUGAGGAAACAUUUGGAUUGCCUGUAAGCAGAGCGGCGACGGAACGGGCCGCUGAAAUGUUGCCAAGUCCCCCGGUCCUGCCGAAAAUUAGCACGGAGAACUAUAGCCUGCGGGACGAUGAUUGUCUGGCCCAGGCUUUCGAUGCAGUUGAGCUUCCUUCAUCGGAACUUAGUUGGAACCCGAUCCAGACUCCACGAGAACGCCUGCGUCCCGUCGAUAUCAUCAGUCAAUAUACCUCGACGUAUGAGGACAGGCCAGGCCGCACGAUUAUUUUAGCCCAAGUACCAACAGCGCUCCCUGAAAGUCCGGCGCUACCUCCAAGUCUAAAAGACGUUGGUAUCAACUUAAUCCCGCCAAACUUUCUUGCUCUGCCAGCGCAGUCAAUCCUUUCAGCAGUUGAUCCUAUUAUUGAGGUACCCAUUGAAAGAGCUGUUACCGAAGAAGCUUUACUUGAACAUCAGCACAUUUUGCCUCGUUCGCCGGCAUCUUCAAUCCCGAGUUUCAGCGAUCGAAUCGAGGGCCACUAUGACAUAGCGCUUCCAGACAGUGCGCUCACGACAGUUUCUCUCGGGGCAGCUUCUGAGAUCGUUGAUCGUGAUGAGUCCGAUACUGCCGACACAAUAGUACCCCUUCCCACAAGUCCCAGAACAGCGCUAUCCCUUCAAUCAAUCCCGCAAGAAUCUAGUGAUGCAGAAUUACCCCGGAGCCCCUCAAAUUCGCAUUAUACCCUUGGUUUCGGAGCUGGUGUGGAAGCUGAAACUGGUGUAGUUAUGGACGGUCCAGAGCCUUGGUCUCCAGAAACUCAGUUACCUCGCUCCUUCGUACCUGUAGCGCUGCCAUCAAGCCACCUUAGCAGUAUUGGCUCGGAUGAAGAAUUGGAUUGUGCGCAGGCCCGUCAAUUGCCGCCUUCUCGGUCAGUAUCUGAUUCCGACAAGGAAAACAGAAGCCGGUCAACUCUACUCUCACCAAUGUAUAAGCAUGUCGUAGAAAAUGAUGUGGAUGUACUUCUUCCUGGAUCGCCUAGCUCACAGUCCUUCGUGUGGCCUACUGAUGAUGAUGCUGCCGAAGUUGCAUUCUCUCUCCCUCUCUCCCGCGCUCUAUCGAAAAGUUCUGUCACACAAAUUCAACUGGCUGAACCUCAAUCAUCUGUGCCGCCCAUGCCAAUUGCUCUGGAAGAUUAUUUCCCAUCACUUCCUCCCACUGUUGCGUCGACACCUGUUCAGCAAGAGUUCACAGUCCUCUGGGAGGCUCACCUGCUGCCUCAUUCGAACCUUGAUUCGCCUUUAGAUAGCGCAGUUGCAACACCCAUCACUUCACCAGUUCUUCUACCAGCCAUCGCUGUCACUUUGCCCCCAGUUCCAAAUAGUCCUACUUUUCGCGGAUCUGAACAUCUUCUGGAAUUGGAUAUUUCUCACGACCCACAUAUUCCUGUGUCCGCUUUCGAUUCCCCCUACAUUGAUCAGGCAAUUGGACUGGAUGCAGAAUCCGUUGUUUCGCUUGCGCCCAUCGACAAAUCCUUUACUAUCAACGAAGAAUUAUCCUCAUCUAUCUGUGGUGUCGCAACACUGCUUGAAAAUAUCCCUUUACCAGCUUCCCCCAUUCAAAGAUCUGUUGCUCCUGGUUUUUCUCUUGGGAAUAUCCAUCAUGAAGUGGCGAAUCUACCAUAUAGCUACCCCGGGUCACCAAGUAUUCUGCCCAUCGAGACAUCUCCAUACGAGAGCAGAAAUCCUCCCCACGAACCAUAUAAGCUGAGCAUUCCACUACAUCGAGUCAAUACUAACUUUCUUGAUCACAACAAUGAAAAAGACAAGAAAAGUUCAGUUCCUUCGGCCGUGGAAAUUGCUGAUGCCAAUGACUUUCUCGUCCAUGACACUCCAGAGCACGUCUCAAUGCCUUUGCCAGGCGCGAGCGAAAUCGACGUCCAAAACUUCUUGGUCAGGUCUCCAUCUACAUCGUCAGCCCAGGAACCAAUAUACAGGGAUCUCGAUAUUACAGAUUAUAUACUGGACUCGGACCCAAUAGCUGCGCAUAGCGAACGCAUGGACAGCUCGGGAUCCCUUAGAGGUGCCCUAAGUGCUAGUGUUUCUCAACCCGAGGAGUCCCUUCCGGACCAAGUAUCUUCUGCACGCCCUAGAUCUAUGACUUUUGAGAGUGGUAUCAAUAGAGACCUACCUAGAGCUCACUUUGAAAACGUUCCCCUACUUCCCCGGUUACCGAUGUCGACGGAUUAUGAUACAUUUUCCGAAGGGACUUCUCUGGAUAACGGAUCUGCUGGUGGUGUCCCUCCUGCAACAAACUUUGCGGGCAUACAGUAUGAAGCGCCGGUGAUUGAGGAGCCUGUUCCCGCUCUAUAUCUUUCAAGUCCUCAAGAUGCUGUCGAAUCAUUUGAUACGAGUUCAAUUGUCUCUGACCCACGAGAUUGGCUUGGUUACUCCGACCUGCCAGAGCUCCCUAGCUCUCCCUUGUUUGAGCCAGCAGCUAAGCCUGAACGCCCAUGGAACGAAUCCGUGUAUGAGCCUCCCCAAAUUCGGGAAAUGCAAUGGCCUUUAGAGGAUCCGUCUCACAUUAUUUCUUCGACACCACCGCCUGUAUGGACUUCCACAAGAAAGCAUGAAGCAAUUGAGGAGGAGCUUGAGAGUCGCAUUUCAACUCCAGAUACCACGGUCUCUGUGCCUCGUCCAUCGAGAGGCAUCACUAUUACCUUUCCAGAGCAUGAAUCCGAAGCUAACACUGAAACUAAUGUCAUUGAUGAAGUUUUCCCAUCAACUACUCCUCUACUACGGGAGAUAUUGUCGCCUUCAGAUGUUGAUGUCAUCGACGAAGUAUUCCCGCGAUUUGAGUCUCCCUCCACUAUGGAAGCUCGUAGGAGUUGGCGAAGAGUCUCAGAAACAAGUACAGAUAUCGAAAGUAGAGGUAGCCCCGAAGCUCGUGAAUCGGCAGGACUACUACCAUCUUACCCAACCGAAGUUCUCCCGGAGUCUCCCAUGUAUAGAGAUCUCUUGCCAGCACUAGAAGAACAAUAUACCCUACCCUCUCCCUUAGGAUCGAAUCCUACUACGAUCUCUUACAGUAGUCCAUCUACUCAGUUUUCUAAGCCACUCCCUGAGGUAUCACGGACUUCAUCUCCUGCAAUUACUAGAGCACAAUCACCCUCAUCUGAGGAAACUUUUGAUGCGUUUCAAGAACUAAUUCAGGGUGAUACUUUCAAACAGACAAGCCCCAGCCCUGGAUUACCCUCAACCUAUCAACGUGAUGAUGUGGAAGUGCACCUGCCAUUUGAAGAAUAUCAUCUUACUAGCGGUGCCGACUCUGAACUCGAAGCAUUUACCCCAAGGAGUCCUACCUGGACAAGUAUCCAUGACCAACGCUCGCUUGAACGGUUACAACCCUUCGAUGAAGGGUUUUCGGAUGCCGAGGAAUCACCAGAGCCGCCUUGUAUCCUUCCUCCUGAGUCUCCAACCUCAGAUGGCUUCCCAAAAGUUGAAAUUGGAUCAUCACCCCUCCUCUCCACUGAGGAUGGUCACGCCUUUGAACAUUCCCUUCCUGGUCAAGCUUUCAACGAACCUUCAGCUUCCCCGUCCCCAAGGCAAUAUCGUAUCGUCGAAGACUCUUUUAUCCCGGCACAUCCUACGACUCUAGAACAAAGCCCAAACUUCCAACGUGAUAGUCAAUUAAACAUCCCCGUGGUUACGGCGAAAUUUGAGGACGAAGGCGUUGAGUCCGACUACUAUAGUGAUAGUGAUGCUGGCUCCGAUUCAGAACUUUACAGACCCACUUCCCCUCCAGAGAGUAUUGUCGGUCCUUCAAAGGUGGUUAGAUUUUCGGAAACCCAUGAACUCCGUGAAUACGUUCCGGAUGAUGGAGAAACCAGCCCUGUGGAAUCCGAUACGUGGUCUGUCCCUACGACUGCUGGUAGUGCUAAGCUGAGGCGUGUUCGCGAUUCAAUGCCAAUCACUGAGCCAGGAAACCCAUGCCUCUCUCCAACUGAUAAAACCCAACUCACAAGAGAGCUCACUGAUCUUCCCGGCGAAAGUUUUGGCCAGAGCAGAGAGAUCCCAGAUGAUGAUCCUUCGACAUAUUAUACACCCACUUCCGCUGCUCCCUCUGGUCCGCCACCGACAUACUUGCCAGAAGAAGCGUCGGGAGAUGCCACUACCCUAGAAACAACCGGAGAAUCUUCGAUCGUUAGUGAAAAUACCCCAGCGCGACGAGUUUCCGUUCCUAGUGCCUCGCAAGAGGUUCCGAAAAAGGUCCCUAAGACUCGCCAAAGGAACUCGGUUGCUGAUAACACCGCCAAAACUAAGGGAACUCCAGAUCAGCAGAAGGAAGCUAAAACUACAGGUCUUCGUGGAAAUUUCUUCCUCCCGCCUCUUUUCAGGCCGUCUGCAUACCAAAAUGUGGCGAAAAAGACGAAGAAAUCUACCCCUAAUAAUGAAGUUACCCAGUCAACUGAGACAGGAAUGAUUGAACCAUCGGUUUCGGAACCUCGAACAAGGGAGCUGGUCGACAUCGAAGAUAUCUUGCCGCCUUCGUCUCAGGCGCCAGCUCUAAAGACUACGAUAGAGCCAGCCGUCGAAAAGACCUCCAAACGAAGAGCCUCUGUCACCGCAUCCUCGAAACAGAAGCCGCUAGCCAAUAAUGUUUUGAUAACCGACUCAGUGCCCUUGGCGAAGCCUAAAGAGCAAUCGGUCAUAGCUGCCCCAGAAACGGUAUCUCACAUUAGCAAGGAGGUCGUGGAUAUUGUCCCGCAACCGCAACCGAAAACUGCACCUCCAGCCACGGAACGCUCACGGAAUAUAAUUUUGGAUCCGAAGCCCACAGAUGCCCCGGUGCCCGCAAGGAGGGUUUCAGUUGCUAAGCCUAAAGUCACCUCUCCUACUCUUAAAGACGCCAAGAAGCCUGGGUCUCCUAUGGUAGAUGAUACUUCGCGUGAGAUAUUCGCAGCUGAACUACUUACUUCCAAUGAAAGUACGAAGCCGAUAUUGCCUACAAUCAAGACUGCACCACGCAGGUCAUCCAAAUCCGAACCAUCCAUAUCUAAACCUAACGCCCCUCUGAAAUCUCCGAUGGUUGGUCUUGGUAAAGCCUCCUUUUUCGACAUUUUCCCUACGGCUGAACUACCGAAGCUCAAGAACGUCAUCGUGGAAUCUUCACCUGCAACUUUUUCUGAAACUACCCCCGCUGACGCUGUGAAACUGGUUGAUGCGAAGGAUACGGCUAAGCUGAAAUCCGCUGUCACUGAAGUUGUUGUGCCCAAAGAUCUAGUCACGCAGCCAACCGCGCUCACGGAGGCCACGAAAUCCAAGUCUCCCGUAGUAGAGACUUUGCCACCAAGGUCCCGGAAGACGAGUGUUACUGCAUCUAGAGAAUUACCUCAAUCCAAAGCCCCAUCCAGUGAAAUCACCUCCCGAGAAGUCUUAGAACCUAAGUCACCCCGUGUCAAGGACAUACCGAAUAGUCCGUUAACUGAAGCUAUCCCUGAGAAAAUAUCGAAGCCUAAAGCUUUAACCGUGGACAAAGAGGCGGAACGAAUUCCUUCAACAGCUCGAGCAGCCAUCGCUAUUGUACCGAUUACUCGGAUCGCCAAAAAUAUUCUUGACUCUCAUGCCAAGCCCAGCCGAGAUGCUGAAGAAGACCGACGGAUAUCACGAGCAUCAAAGAAAACUGCACCUGCCCCUCGCAGGCGUAGGUCUAUCGAUACAAUUACUUCUGCGCGUGACUUGGUCGACAGAAAUGAAGUGAAGGAGCACAAGCUGCCAAAUUUACGGAAAGAGGCACGGCCGCGAAAACCCCUAGCUCGGUCUGUAUCUCCACAGCGUCGGAAGCCCCUGGCCCGGUCUGUUUCUCCGCAGCGUCGAAAACCGGCCCCAGAGCCGCCAACCCCCCUCCUCACUGAUAUAAGCUCCAAACGCCAGGAAACGGUAAAGUCAAGGGAUGCAAUGCGCACUGAUUCCCCUAAAUCCGCGACAACACCGUUGUUUCCCGCAAUUGCUUCUUGGUUUUCCAGGAAUGAUAGCCAGCAAGGAGCCGGUAAGAAGCCCGCAAGGUCACCGAGCCCUGUGAAGCCCGAGAAAACCUCUCGCAGGAGUGCGCUACCAUCACCCGAACGGAAGUCUCGCACCACUGUUCCGACGAAGUCGCCUAGACCUCGCUCAGAGUCCCCAAUCAAUCGAACACGUAAAAUCGAGCCUUUGCCAGAGAAGUUGCCUCCUGUAAAAACUCCAAAGCAACGAUCCAAACCUCGAUCCGUGUCGCCGGUCAAGCGAACCCCUACGGUGGAAUCAUCAUUCGAAAGACCAUCUACGAAAAUUACUCCAGUCCUAAAUGAGAUUUUGCCUGUGAAAGCUCCCGAGAAGCUACCCGAGAAACCACUAGCCCGAUCUCCCGAGAAGUUGCCUCUAAUCGAAACUUUGAGGUCCCGACAAAAAGCCCGUUCAGUCUCGCCAAAGCCGCACAAAGCUCGAUCAGUAUCCCCAGGGCCUCGUAGAACAAAAUUCACGGCUGACAAGAGGACAACAGAAAUUGCCCGAGAAGAGAUUGUAAAGGAAGAAAGGCCCCAUCGACGGCGCUCAGAGUCUCAUACUAAAGCAAGCUUCCUGCAAACAGCGUUUGAAGCUAUUCAGCGAAGCCAGGAACGAGGUCGCAAGCAAGAGCGAGACCUAGCAGUCGCUGAAGUACCCCUACCAGUGGAAUAUCUCCAAUACAGUUCUAAGAAAAGCGAUGUCUACCAACUUCCAGCUACCUUCAAUCCAGCCAAAAUAUUUCGAGCUUGGUCUCAAUCCCCGCCUCGUGCUACAGCCAUAGCCUCGCUUCCCCCAACGCCACUCGUUACCGAGCAACCAAAAACGAGAAGACUGCACAAGGAACUAUCACCGAGAAGACCAGCAAGGGAACCUUCUCCUACAAGACUAGUGAAAGAGCAAUCUCCUCGAAGGCCAACAAAAGCACCAACUCCGACUGGGCCAACGAAUGCAUCGUCCCCAAGAGAAUUUGGAAACGCACCACCUUCGAUCGAGCUCGGAAAAGAAUUGCUUCAAAUCCCUCCACAGGUUCCAGAAAUUCCGUUGGUACUAGUUAAGCCGGAAUCCCAACCCAAGCGUCACCGAAAACGGGAACGCCGACGAAAAUUGCCCUUCCGAGCCUCUCCAUCUCUUCGACAAGACUCAAUACAGCGCUCCAAAGCUACCUCUGCACAACAGAUUGUUCGUUCACGCCGGCGCAUUCGCUUACCAGAGCCCACGGAUGUAACACUUAUCCCAUCUGACGACAAUAUCGAGAACUCCCGUGAAUACAUCCAUCAGCCCGACGCUACCCCAACAGAAAACUCAUCCAGCUAUGAGGUCGCACUGAAACCCGAACAUCCGCGAUACAUUCCUACGCAUGACUAUCUCCCAAGGGAUAGUUCGCAAAACCUAGGAUCUCCUAAGCAGUCACAUUUGUAUGAGCCGUUCGACCCAGAAUCUCCAGUCGCCCAGCGCCUGGAAGAAAAAUCGCCCGAGAAACAACGAUUUGAAGUUGAACUAGAGCGUGCAAGUCGUCUAGAUCGCGAGCAACGUGCUCUCGAUAUCCUUGAACAACAAGACGAAGAUGCCGCCGCUAAAGAACGUCAGAGGUUGUACCUGCUCUAUCAAGAGCGGGUGGACCGAUACGAACGAGAACAAAAACUGUUCAACGAGAUGGGCGAAAAGGAGCGUUACGACAAUGAUAUGUUCCUUUACCAGCAGUACCUAGUCCAAAGGGAGCAAGAUAAGCGAUAUGAAAAGGAAAUUGAGCUCCGAGACAAGAAUCGACAGGAAGAUAUGAUUUUAGCAAUUGAGAGGAAGAAAGAAGCAGACCGGAAACGGCGCGAAGAGUACGAAAAUGAACGCCGACGUCAGGAAGAAGAGCGGAAAAGAGAAUAUGAACUCGCUCAAGAACGCGCCGCUUUCUUGGAACGAGAGCAGCAGCGAAAAGAAGAAAUCCGACGGCUUGUACUUGAACUCCAGCGACGGGAAACCGAGCGCGCCGAGCUUUUGGAGCAGCAGAGAAUCAUUGAAGCACAACGCCAGGCUGAAAUUCAAAGACUCGCGGAUGAGAUCCAAAGGCGCGAAGUUGAACGGAUCGCAAUCUUAGAGAGCAACGAGAUCGCUGAGCAGCAAAGGAAGGAAGAAAUCCAAAGGCUAGCCGCGGAGAUCCACAAUCGAGAACUCGACCAUGCAAUCCUUCUCGAACGGAAGGAAGACAAAGAGCGUGCCAAAGAAUCGGUUCGUCGUGAGGAGCUUGAGCGCGAAAUUAUCGAGACGAGAGAGCAACAAACCGCCCUUGAGAACCAACGGAAACUUGACCGUGAUGUUGAGCAAGAAAGCCGUCGAAGACGACUGGCAGAAGCCGCGGCUUUGCUUUCUUUAGCUGAAUCAGCUUCUGGAUCAGAUGUCGAAUCCUACGAAAGUUCCGCCGAUAGUCCCGCCCCCAGCAAAUACCGUUUCUCAGUUGUGGGUGUCGAUGACAGCCCGGAACACCACCGCCUGCCCUACUACGACAGAGCCUCGCUGUUUCACGUAUCUUCAUACGCAGGUUCUGUCAGAUCUUCUGUUUCGUCACACAACUCUGAUUUCCAACAUUCAAUUCUUCCCCGGCCAUCGCGCGAAAGUUUGCAUUCAAUCGCAUGGGCUGGACAUCGCCAAGUUGAAGAUAAUCGGCGGGAAUCACUACUAAGUCUUGCGUCGUGGUCAGAGGAUGGGACACCAAAAACGAGUCAAGACGGGUUCGAAUUCGAUGAUAGACCGGAAAUUGUACAUGAGAGAACCGGCUCUCUUGAAUACCCACAAACGCCUACGCGAGAACCUUUAAUGGGACUUGGGAUUUUUACAGAUCCUGUUACUUACGACAGAGAUGGAAAUCCGAUCCCCCCCAUCGGGGAUAUAUUAUAUGACAAAGACGGAAAUCCUAUCGAAGCCGAGAGCGAGCCCACUAUUGGUCCGGCAAGUGUCAACAACGUGGUUGAACUCAACGAACCACCGGCCCCGCCUAUUGCAGGUCGCCUGACGCCAGAAUCCCAGACUGUACAAGACUUCCUAUUUAUACCCCUUCCCGUAUCGCCCUUAGCGUCUCCAGUCUUAGCUCCGCACUUUACUUUGCAGAUUCCAUUUUCGAUUCAGCUACCACUUUCUCCAAAAAUUUCCCCGAAGAUUUCUCCUAUCAUUCCAGAGGUCGAGCUGCCACUCACAAAAUCUAUCUCGCCGCCGUUACCCUUGCCGGAACAAUUGCCCAAUAAGAAUGAAUCACUAGAAAUACUAUCUGUGGCGAGCUACAUUACCGAGCCGCUCCCCCCUCGUCAACCAGAGACAAACUUGCCGGUUUCCCGUCGUGCAUUCAUCAGUGCACCUCCAGAUGGCCAGCUUAGUGAUACCUUGUCAGAGCCACUGCAGGAGGACCACGUAAUAGAAGCAACAGAAAAUCCAAGCUGGCAGCCAAUACUUAACAGCCGCGCUUCUUCGCCUGCCUCAAUUCUGCCUGGCCACAAUGCUUGUGGUUCAGUUCAACUACCUUUCUCAGAUAUCGCUUCAGAGUACACGUUCGGCCUUCAAGAUCUCGAAACUGAAGUGCAAUCCCAAUUGCAGGUCCACGAUGAGACCCAAUAUCUGCCAGAAUACCUCCCCCCGAGCAUCGCUCCUUCCUUGUAUGGACCAGUUACUCCCGUUGCUGAGGUGCCACAGUUCACCCUUCCGAUUAGCAGAGCGGUCUCCGUUAAUACCUGUGGAAAUGAAAUGGAAGUUGAGUCCCGUCCGGCAUUUGAUUUCGAUGAUUUCGACGAUUACCUUCCAGAGAGCGACAGCGAAGCGUACGAGGAAAUUGACAAUAUGUUUGCACCACCCUCGAUCGCGCCGCCCAGGCUUCCAGAGUCGCGGGUAUCUUCAAUGUACUCUCUUCACGAUGCCUAUCUGUCCGCCCCUAAGUCAAUUGCUGUGGAUCCGUUACCUGAGGACAGCGAUGAUGAAGAUAGUCUUGACAUCGAGCAACUUGGGCGAGGAAUAUGGGAAACCGUAUGUUCACUGCCAGGGUCCAGACAAGAGUCCGCCUAUCGUAUUCCGCUAGGCGCCGUAUCCCCUCGCAACACCGAAGAGCCUCACAAUUUGCAGCUACCGUCUCCCAGCUCCGAAGGCAGUGGCGAGUACCUCUUUGUCCAAAAAAGAAGGGGUAGCACCGUGUCCCUGCCACAUACUGUCAAAGAAUCAGAGUACCAAGCCAGUGAUGGUGUUCCCCCGACCCGCGAGUUUGAUGAUAAUUUGCUACCGCCACAAACAGAAUCCUUGCGCUCAGAGGCAUCAACAAUCAGGCUGCCAGGCGGAAUAGUCAACCAAACAACCUUCGAUGCGCAGUUACCUGUUUCAAGGGCUACUUCUGAGUAUGAAAAUCCAACGAGCGACAACGACGUUAAAUCUCUAUACAGUCUACCAGGUUUGCGCGAUGGUGUCUCUUCGCCCUCUCUGGACGAGGUCUAUAUUCCUUACUUGGGGCUUGGUCUAUCACAGAUACCAACUUCGAGGGCAACUUCGCCAUAUGCCGAAUCUUUAGCGCUAGCGCGUACUCUUUUCGGAGAUAUCCCUGGCCUUCCUCAAAGUGAAAACAUGUCUACAGAUUCUCGUCUCUCUAUCGACCAGACUAAUUUAGUAAAGGAGUUACCACUAAGCAGACAAUCAUCGAUUUUCUUUCAGCGGGCACCAGAUUACCCGACCGGUUCCGAGGACGAUAUCCCUUCGUUUGACGAUAAUGAAAGCAGGCCUUCCUCUUCACAUACAAUCAAAGCCACUAGCCCGUAUCAAAGCAAUGUCCACUUACCGAUUAGUAGGCAGUCGUCUCUCUAUCUGCACGAGGCAUCAACCUCCCAAAAUCAGCAAUCUGAAGUACGAAAACAAGAACCCACUGCUGAUCUUCCAGAAAGCCGGCCGACAACCUCACAGACCUAUCGGUGUGCAACCGACGACUACGAUACCAGGAAUUUGCCACUCAGUAGAACUUCAUCAGCUUAUUUUGAGGAGGCAGUUCAUUCAUCUUUGGAUCCAGAGGAAGACAGUGCACCAAGAUAUCUUCCUGAAAGCCGGUCAACAACAUCUCAUACUCAUUAUGCUCACGGAGGUCAUCAAAGCCGAGGUUUGCCAUUGAGUAGGGCAUCUUCAUUUUAUCAAACAGACGAUGAAUCAGAAGAAAUGUUCCUGCCAUAUUCCGAACAACCGCUACCUCGGGAGCUUCUACAUAGCCAGCCGCCAACGUCAUACGUCCUAGCGUCACCUCACGAGCCCAGCCUGUAUCCGCAACUAUCGCUCACUCGUUCGACUACGCCGAAAAUAACAACAGAGGAUGAAGAGGAAAGCGAUUUGACUCCACGACCAUCGCCUCGCCGAUUACCCCGCGACCUUGUAUUGCCAAUAAGCCAGCAUCCAUCCGCCACAAGUCUCCGGGAUAAAGAGGCACCAAAGCAAAGUCGCGACCUUCCAAAGAGCCGUCCAACAUCUUCCUACGCAGAUGCUCCAACGCCGCUUCCCUCUAAAACCGUGUUUCAAGAAGCGUUUAGCGCUACGACUAGUCCAAAUAUCUCGCCUUUGAUUGGCCCGCCUUCCCAUGCGUCACCAUCCCUGCCAUCAUCCAGCCCCAAAAAUGCCUUGGCAUUAAUCCCACGCGCGGCCUUAGAGCCCGCCAACGAGGGCGAGCCCGCAGAUAGUCUACAACCUCCAAGAAUCCCGCGUGACUUCAAUUCUAUCACACCUAACGAAAUCGAAGAGCCUGGGGACACGGUCAGCGUUUUCUCUCCCCGCCACGUAUCAGUAUCCCCGCUUUCAGGUGUAUCCUCCCUUCGCUCAAGGCGCCCAUCUUCAGGGACCCAACGACAAAGGCAACGGCGCCGACUCUCUAUCCAAGAGUAUGCUCAGGGAGCUCUUGACAUCGCCACAUCCGAGAAAGAGGUUCUCGCGGCCGCAGGCGUCGACGUUCAUUUCGACCAGGAGACUGGAACGAUCGAAGUUUCAUGGUCAGAAGAAAAAUUCGGAGAAGCGCCAACUGUCGACAUCAGUGUUUACUACCCCGAAGACACAGACGGCUCACUAGACAAUAGCGACCUUUCACGGCCCUCCAGUGUUGUCCCCUCCCCGACAUUCAACGACUACAGCCUUGAAGAUAGGCCUGCCCCAGUUGAGGCCAGCACACGUGCAGACGAACGGGAUCUUUUCUUUUCGCCAGAGCUAGGGCCUACCGACCUUCCUGCGCCAGUUCCGAAGCUAAUACGGCCAAUUAAUCGCAACCUUUUCCCUGGGGCGCAGUCUAAUAUUCGCGGAAUCGGACUUGGUAUCGAAGGCCUUGAUACACCAUACAGAGAAACCUCACCGGUCCCUUCCAAACCAAAAGCAUCCAAGUCCAGCUCCUUGCCUAACAGGAGAAUACCUCUACCGGCUCUUGCUAUACCUUCUACAGCUGAAAGUAUCUACUCUGAGGUAUCAUCCGCACGUUCGUCGACGAUCUCACUCUCUGGCGUUAGCUCGGUAUCACCACUCGAACCAGGUAUCGAACUUCCCCCGCCGUCACCGAUCCAGCAGCUGCCGCCUUCCAUCAAGCCUUCCCCGGUAAAAGCUCCACGUCGUCCUCCAAUCCGUCGCGAUACGUUCACAGAAGCGGACAACAAAGCGCUUUCGCUACUCUUUUCAGGCAGCAGCACCUCGGCAGGUACUACUCCGACUCCAACUCAGAAAGCCCCACAGCCUCUUUCCCAGUAUUUCCAGAAGAAGUCAAACCCAACAAGCCCAACUCCUGGGCCGUCUUCCCAACCCCGUCAGACUCCACGGUCGCGAGGCUCGGCUGGUCGAGGUUCGGCUGGUAGACGAAGUGUCAAUACUAUUCAAGGGGCUUACCCGUCCCCUGAAACGUCACCCGAACUCGCACCGCUAGCUAAAUCUCCCGAAACUGCGAAAACUACUCCUCGCCUUCGUCGGCUGUCCACCUCGGCUGGCUCUGCCGGUCGUAGCUCAGGCAGGCGGUAUACCUCAGUUGGAGCGGACCUUGAACCCCUAAAGGAGGGCGUCGCUGUUAUUCCUUCUGCUAUUGUUGACACCGGAAGCUCGUCAAAUACAACUCCUCGGCCAGGCAGCCCCAAAGCAACCCCACCAAUCUUGACUAUCCUCAAGAAACGAGGAACUAUGGAACCGUUAAGGGAAGAGUUUCGAUCUAGCGUGGAAGGCAGCAUCUCUACGAUAACUUCCCCAACUCCUGUUCCCAGACCUAGAAACCAAACGCCGAACACCCGUGCCCGUGCAGCGUCCAAUAUCAGUUCUCCAAAUGCAAUGACGACCCCUGGUUCUACGUUUCAAUUUGAUACACCCGCAAUUCCCAGUGGUUCAAGAAAAGGAAAAGAAAGGUCACUGGAGUAUGACAACAAAGAGGUUUUUGAGGCAUAUGGGGAUACUUCUGCCAUCCCGAUCUCGCCGGAGCGGCCAGUAAGCGUGAACAUUCGCAAGCGUCAGUCUCUUCAAAUGUUGGAUCUUGAAACCCGGCUACGGACCCUCAACGAGCAAAAUUCACAACUAUCCGGUGAACUGGCACGAUUGCAGCAAGAUUCUAACACUUCUUCAAAGAAAAUGGAAGCUGUGGUUUACAAACACCUCCAGGAACGAUCCGCCCUCGUCGAAGCUCUUGAAAUCAGAUCCCUUGCAGUUAGCGAGCGUGAGAGCCAGAUUGAGACGCUCAAGAAAAAUCUGGAAUGGUACAAGCAGGAAGAUGACAACUUGACGCAGCAAAUCCGACAGCUUAGACUCAAUAAUGAACAGCUUAUUGCUACCGAAGCGACUCAACGACAACAAUAUGAGAGAAAGAGGGAACAACUUCACAGCCUAUCGCAGCAGCAUUCCGACCUUCAGGAACAGUAUACAGCGCUAAGCUCCGGCCUGAACGACAUCAUCAACCAGCAGGUCGCCACGGUAACACAGGCCAAGGAUACAGAGAUUGAGAAACUUAAGCAAGAACUGGCAACUGCGAAGAACAAUGCAAGCAAACUUCAAGUCAAACUAAACGCGAUGAACCGAUAUAUCGAUGCCAAGGAUGAAGUCUUCUUUGCCAGAUCUUGCGGCCACUUAUUCAAUGCCGUUCAGCAAUGGUGUGUCAAAUUCUCAAAGUUUUCUGACAGCGCUAGCUGUGUCGAUUUCGACGCCAUUACGAAUGAGAGUGUCAAAGAUCUUGUGGAAAGUGUUGUUCUUGAUGGAAGCGAUGUUAGAGCGAUGCUUCGGGACCGUGUCAAGAGAAGGGAAAUAUUCAUGGCAAUGACGAUGUCUUUGAUUUGGGAGUUGAUUUUCUGCCGUUACAUGUUCGGGUUGGAUGCGGAGGAAAGAAAGAAGCUCAAGUCACUAGAAGAAAAACUCAAUGAAGUUGGCCCGCCAGCCGCGGUACAUAUGUGGCGUGCUACGACCUUACAGCUAUUAUCACAACGACGUAGCUUCCGGGCUGCUCUACCAGCCGCUACCGAGCCAGUCGUCCAAGAGAUUUACCGCACACUACACAGUCUGCUACCGCCACCCGGUCACCUUCAACAGCAAGUUGUGGACUCGCUCCGCACUAUGGUUAAUCUUGCCGUCACGCUUUCUAUUGAUAUGCGUACCCAGCGAGCCGAGUACUUUAUGUGGGAAGCUCCGGACAACAGUAUUGGCAAGCCUAUCGACUUUGUGGCCUUGCGCAUGAACAACAGGGGCAAUGAAGGGUUAACCAAUGAGCAACUUGAAAAGAUGGGUGCUAUGGUCAGGGUCGUUUUGUUUCCUUUAGUGACAAAGAGAGGUGAUGAGAAUGGGGAUGGAUAUGAUGUGGAAACUGUUAUCGCGCCAAUGCAGGUUCUUGUCAGCAAGCGCCCGACAAGCACUAUCAGUGCAAGCUCUUCGAAGAGAGUCAAGUUGGAUCAGCGAACGUCUCGUUAA